CCUCUCCCCUCAUGAUCACCCAAAUUCCACUUGUUAUGAGUUUGUCCUGGACCUCAAGCUAGCAAGGCUCAUAUACAGAGCUCUCGGGGUAUCCAAAUAAGGCCCUUCAAUGAAUGCUUAUAACGUAGAUUUAAAAACCACCAAUCUAGCCUUGAAACAAGUGGUCGAAAUAAUCCGAUGGAACUUUGGGAUAAACAGGACUUCUCUUCCUUCUCUUCCCCCUUAGGACGUACCAUUUCUCCAAAAGACGGUCAAGUUGAUAUCGUUACCGCCAAUGUAGCUAUACAGGGUGGAAAAAACGAGGGCUUCAAUGGCUCAGUUUCGUCUGGCCUAAGUCUGGCAACGUUUACUGAACAAAAUUCAUCCAAUAUGGAGACGUCUGUAACGGAAAAUUUGAUCCUGGAUUGCGUAUCUCAACAAGGCGAUGGAGAGGAUAUGAAUUUCGUUCUUGUGCAGAGCUCUAACGCUUGUGAGGAAACUCGGGUCGUGAAAUCCCCCGAACCAGUGCAAUACAACUCCCCCAGCAGUACGGCAAAUCCUGGGGCCCAAUCUAUGUCUUUGUCUCAGGCUUCUACACCUACGAAAAUUCAUCAGCCUCGGCCCCUCUAUUUCACUUCGGACAUGUUUCCUAGAACCUCUCUGUUAUCUCCCUUUGUUCCUCCAUUACCUUUGAAAACGAAGUCGGUGGACUCUCCAUCCGCUGAAAAUCCUUCAUUUAUCUCCAACACCGAUUAUCUGCCACCCUUCCGGAAGCAGAGAUCUCUUCCAACCACGAUCACUUCUGCGAUGGACAAGGCGAAAUCUUCCGGAACUAAAUGUAUACCAAUGCCAAGAGUGGCUUCGUUCCCUGCAUGCCAAGAAUCUGUGGUCAUAGGAAGGUCUAGAGCUGAUAGCAUUGUAUCUGACCUUCGAAGCGCGUCAGGUGCUACAAGAUUUCGAGUUGGCCGUAGAACGUUCGCCUCUGGUAGCACCACGUCUCCUACACAGAAAAUCUCCGCGUCGUCGUUGUCAACCCCUCCGCCGAACAUUAGUAGGUUACGUCAAAUGUCGGUUCGGAACCUGACGUCUCAAAUGCAUCUUCAAUACCACCCUUAUCCGAAACCAAGACCGCAUUUCCAUCCACAGGCGUAUUCAUCUCAGCCUACUAGCGCUAUAUUUUGUUCAGAAAUUCUCGAAAUCAAUGGAACCCUUCACGGUCGAAAUACACCUAGAAAUGAUUUCGAGAGAAUUGACCCCUCUGGGACGGACGUCCGAAUCAAUAAUGUUCUCAAUCAUGGCCAGAGACCUUUGCAUCCCCGGUAUAGGUCGACUGCGACGAAUUUGAAUCAAUACAUCAGUGAAGACAUGUUUGUUGAAGCGGCUACUAAUCGGUGCAAACCUUGGAAAGCAAUGGAAACUCGUUUUCCGGUUGAAGCCUCGAACUGUGAUGCGUACGCUUCUGGGUUCGGACGGGAUCGUCAUUCUGUGGCUACAGCUCCGGCGACCAUGAGUACAUCCGUGUUCCCCUUGGAAAAUUACACCACAGGCCCAGAGUUCUCCCAACACUUUUGUUUCCGAAAUAUACUAAGCUCUUGAUUUACUUGUCUAGUUUGAAAGAUACUAUUUAUUCAAUUUGAAUUUCAACAGUCUCGCGUCCUCCAGAGCUCGUCGCGACGAUGUGACCUAGUCUCAAAUUUCCAGACGCUCUUACGAGAGUUCGAGUAAGACACGCAGCAACCAGACUCACUGCAGGCUGCAGGGGACAGUUCAAAAACACUUGAAGUGAAGAAUUUGAAAAUAGUGUAGCAAAGCGAGAAAAAAUGUGUCAGAAAGGACCGUGAACGAACUUG